AACACGUUCCAAAAACACAUAUCAAAGUACAAACAUGUGGUUCUGUUCUCAAUUAUCGGACCGUGUCUUUUUUGUUCCCAUUUUAUUUAUUGCACUUUCCCUCGUAUAUCAUCCAUCUCCACACUUCUUAACAUUUCAAGAUCAAAUCUCUCCUUCAUCAUCCAAAAUGAUCCUAACAAUUUCCCUACUAAUCUCAAUCCUCCCAAUAAUUCUAAUAUAUUUGAUCAUGCCAAGAACAACUUCAACAAAAACCCUAAUUCCACCAGGUCCACCAGGCCUGCCAUUGAUAGGAAAUCUCCUUCAAUUCAGAUCAAGAACAAACCUUCAUGUCCAUCUAUGGCAGCUCUCCAACAACUAUGGCCCUCUAAUGCACAUGAAGCUCGGCCCCGUCCCCGUGCUCGUCGUCUCCUCGGCCGAGCUAGCCAAAGAAGUCUUGAAAACACAAGACUCGGCGUUCUGCAGCCGUGCGAACCACUUAGGAUUGCGGAAGCUUUCUUACGAUUGCGCCAACAUCGCCUUUUCGCCUUACAGCGAUUAUUGGAGGGAGGUCAAGAAGAUCACAUCAGUCCAUCUCUUGAACAGCAAGAAGAACCAAUCCUUUCGCCGGAUUCGCGAAGACGAGGUCUCUCGUAUGAUCAAAAGGAUCUCAGCCUUCGCUGAGUCCGGCAAAGUUAUCAAAUUUGAUGAGAUGAUCACGUCGGUUAUGAGCAUUUUGUUGUGUAGAACUGCUUUUAGCAAGAGGUACGACGAAGAAGGGGUCGAUAUAAGAAAGUUCCAUGGCCUUUUACAAGAUUCUCAAGCCAUGAUGUCGGCUUUCUUUGUUUCGGAUUAUUUUCCCCUCCUGAGUUGGAUCGAUAAAGUUUGUGGAUCGAUUCGUCGGCUUGAGAAGGUUUGGAAGAAGUUGGAUGAGUUCUACCAAGAGCUGAUCAACGAGCAUCUCGAUCCGGGAAGGGCGAAGAUCAACGAGGAUCAGGAUGACAUUCUUGAUGUCUUGAUUCGACUUCGAGAGGGCAGCUCUUGCUCUGUUGAACUCAGCUGGAAUUCCAUCAAAGCAUUGUUGAUGGACAUUUUCAUUGCAGGAAUAGACACAACUGCAGCCUCAAUUGUGUGGACAAUGACAGCUCUAAUGAAGUCACCAAAUGUAAUGAAGAAACUACAAUUGGAGAUCAGAGAAACCCUAGGCCAGAAAAAUCUUGUCGAUGAAGAUGAAUUGCAGAAACUUCCCUACUUGAAAGCAGUCAUCAAUGAAUCACUAAGAUUGUACCCUCCGGCACCCCUCCUCGUGCCUCGAGAAACUAUGGAUAAGGGCAUCCUUAAAGGCUACGAAGUCGAGCCCAAAACAAUAGUGUAUGUUAAUGCAUGGGCCAUUGCAAGAGAUCCCGAGAAUUGGGACAAUCCAGAAGAGUUCUUGCCCGAACGAUUUUUGAAUUCUGACAUAGAUGUUAGAGGGCAUGAUUUUCGAGUGAUUCCAUUUGGAUCCGGCCGGAGAAUUUGCCCCGGUUUAUUUAUGGCAACUACAUCUCUAGAACUUAUCGUUGCGAAUCUUGUCUAUGCAUUUGAUUGGGAGUUUCCGGAAGGUGUUAUGCCGGAAGACAUCGAUAUGGAUGCUUUGCCGGGGCUUACGAUGUGUAAGAAAGAACCUCUUUGUAUUGUGCCUAAAACAUAUGUUGUUUAGGUUGUAAUAAUACAAUUUGUGUUUUAACAAAGGGGAUGUCGAAGGCGGGGCUAGUUAAAAUGUAAAACUUUUAGAUAUUGAGAGGUUGUUUGAGUCAUGAGAUUAGUUUAAUUAGAUAAAGUUCUUUAAUUUAUUUCUUGUUCAAAAGU